GUGACGGCAAACAUGGCGGUCUAUCGCGGUCCCACGACGCCCGCCGUAAUGUCUUAAUAUUCUAAUUACGCAACGAAUAGCAUCGUUUUUUUGUUUUGACUACUACGAUUAUAUAUUUAUGUUAUAUAUGAAGGAAUGAUACUGAAUAAUCAGCAAUGACGUCCAUUAUCAAGCUGACAGCUCUGUCAGGAGUUCAGGAGGAGUCUGCCCUCUGCUACCUGCUGCAGGUGGAUGAAUUCCGCUUCCUUUUGGAUUGUGGCUGGGACGAGAACUUCUCCAUGGACAUUAUCGAUGCUAUAAAGCGGCAUGUUCAUCAGGUUGACGCCGUGCUUCUCUCCCACCCCGAUCCUCUUCACCUGGGAGCUUUGCCGUACGCCGUGGGCAAACUGGGCCUAAAUUGUACCAUUUAUGCAACAAUCCCGGUCUAUAAGAUGGGUCAAAUGUUCAUGUACGAUCUUUAUCAGUCACGAAACAACAGUGAAGAUUUCUCUCUCUUCACCCUUGACGAUGUGGACAGCGCUUUCGAUAAAAUUCAGCAGCUAAAAUAUUCGCAGAUUGUGAAUCUGAAAGGCAAGGGACAUGGUCUAUCAAUUACGCCUCUCCCGGCUGGUCACAUGAUUGGCGGGACCAUUUGGAAGAUUGUGAAGGAUGGCGAGGAGGAGAUUGUUUAUGCUGUGGACUUCAACCACAAAAGAGAAAUCCACCUGAACGGCUGCACCAUGGAGAGCAUCAGUCGUCCUUCCUUGCUCAUUACGGACUCCUUCAAUGCCGCCUACGUGCAACCACGCCGCAAGCAAAGAGAUGAACAGCUGCUUACCAAUGUAAUGGAGACGCUCCGUGGGGACGGUAAUGUGCUUAUCGCCGUGGAUACAGCUGGGCGGGUGCUAGAGCUGGCCCAACUCCUGGACCAGAUUUGGAGGACAAAAGAUGCCGGGCUUGGAGCUUACCCGCUUGCCCUACUUAACAAUGUCAGCUACAAUGUUGUGGAGUUCUCAAAGUCCCAGGUGGAGUGGAUGAGCGACAAGCUCAUGAGGUGUUUCGAGGACAAGAGAAACAACCCCUUCCAGUUCCGCCACUUGACCCUGUGCCACAGCCUGGCAGACCUGGCUCGGGUUCCCAACCCAAAGGUGGUUCUGUGCAGCCAGCCCGACCUCGAGUCUGGAUUUUCCCGAGAGCUCUUUAUCAAAUGGUGCCAAGACAGCAAACACUCGGUCAUAUUGACGUAUCGCACCACACCUGGAACACUCUCCCGCUACCUCAUCGACCACCCAGGGGAGAAGAUGCUGGAUCUGGAGGUGAGGAAAAGAGUAAAGCUUGAAGGCAAGGAUCUGGAGGAAUACCUUGAAAAUGAUAAAAUAAAGAAAGAGGCGGCGAAAAAACUCGAACAAGCAAAAGAGGUGGAUGUGGACUCCAGUGACGAGAGCGACUUGGAAGACGACCUGGAUCAACCAGCUGUAGUGAAAACCAAACACCACGACUUGAUGAUGAAGGGCGAGGGCAACCGCAAAGGCAGUUUCUUCAAGCAAGCCAAGAAGUCCUACCCAAUGUUCCCAACACACGAAGAAAGGAUCAAAUGGGACGAAUAUGGAGAAAUCAUCAGGAUUGAAGAUUUUCUUGUCCCUGAACUGCAAGUUAAAGAGGAGGAGAAAACCAAACUGGAAUCUGGCUUGACCAACGGCAAUGAGCCGAUGGAUCAGGACCUCUCUGUUGUUCCCACCAAAUGUGUUUCUACUAUUGAAAAUCUGGAAAUCAAGGCCAGAAUAACAUACAUAGACUAUGAAGGUCGCUCCGACGGUGAUUCCAUCAAGAAGAUCAUCAAUCAGAUGAAGCCCCGGCAGCUGGUGAUUGUUCACGGCCCUCCAGAAGCCAGUUUGGACCUGGCGGAGUCGUGCAAAGCUUUCACCAAGGACAUCAAAGUGUACACACCCAAGCUGCAAGAGACUGUGGACGCCACCAGCGAGACUCACAUCUACCAGGUGCGGUUGAAAGACUCCCUGGUGAGCUCGCUGCAGUUCUGCAAGGCCAAGGACACAGAGUUGGCGUGGAUCGACGGUGUGCUGGACAUGCGCGUGGUGAAGGUGGACAUGGGCGUGUUGCUGGAAGAAGGUGCAAAAGAGGAGCCAGAGGAAGGCGAGCUGCCCAUGGACACCACCCCCGAGCUUGAUGUGGACCACGCUUCUGUCGCGGUGGCAGCUCAGCGGGCCAUGAAGAACCUGUUUGGCGAGGACGAGAAAGAGCCUUCCGAAGAGAGCGACGUCAUUCCCACACUGGAGCCCCUGCCCUCAUACGAGAUGCCCGGACAUCAGUCGGUGUUCAUCAACGAGCCUCGCCUCUCCGACUUCAAGCAGGUCUUGCUCAGGGAAGGCAUCCAGGCCGAGUUCGUAGGAGGGGUGCUGGUAUGCAACAACCUGGUAGCUGUUCGCAGGACGGAGGCGGGACGCAUUGGCCUGGAAGGCUGCCUGUGCGACGACUACUAUAAGAUCCGGGAGCUGCUGUAUCUGCAGUAUGCUGUAGUAUAACAGCACAUAUCCCUUAUGAGGACUUUACCCUGAGGAGAUGCCCGUCCCACACCCCUCGGAUACCUCCAGCUGUGGCCCCACCGCAUCCAUUGUACAGUUUAAUUUUUUUACAUUUUCUCCAGGUAACAAUCUCUAGUGCUGGGAGCAGCUGUUUCUUUUUGUUUAUACCGGGACUCAUCUUGUAUGUGACGAGAGAUAUUUCUCCAUGUUUUUUUCUUAUUAAAUAUACAAUACUUUUCCAAAUUUGA